AGAGUAGUUAGUAGUAGGUAGCUAGCUUUGCUUCAUCAUAAAUAUAUGCAUUCACAUACAUCUGGCCUUUAAUUAUAAGAGAAGAUCAAUCUAUCUAUCUGAUGUUAUGUAUUUAUUUAUAUAAUUAAAUAAAAGGCUAGGCUGGGGUGGAGAGGCAUGGAUGGAGGUAGAAGAAGAUCGUCUGGUGAAGACUACUCAGAAGAGGAAGAAGAGUAUAGGAUUGAGGAUCUAGGUGAAGGAUCCAACAAGUCCUCUUGGAAGAAAUUUAGUUUUAGGAAUAAUAUUAACUGUAUCCCUAGUAGCAGGCAAAGGCAAACACCCCACUCAUGCCAUGGCUUCCUCAUCCAUCCUGAUAAUAGGUGGUACCUACUGUGGACGCAGUUCAUUCUGAUAUGGGCUGUUUACUCCUCAUUCUUCACUCCGCUGGAGUUUGGAUUCUUCAGAGGCCUCCCGGAGAAUCUCUUCCUUCUAGACAUAGCAGGCCAAAUUGCCUUCCUUAUAGACGUAGUUGUGCGCUUCUUUGUGGCCUACCGCGACGCUCACUCUUACCGCAUUGUCUUCAAUCCCAACCAAAUUGCUAUCCGCUACUUGAAAUCUCGUUUUCUGGUUGAUGUGCUCGGCUGCUUUCCAUGGGAUGCUAUUUACAAGGCUUGUGGCAGAAAAGAGCUUGUCCGAUAUCUUCUGUGGAUUAGGCUAAGUCGAGCGCUUAGAGUGACCGAGUUUUUUGAAAAGCUGGAGAAAGACAUCCGUAUCAAUUAUCUGUUUACCAGGAUUGUAAAACUUUUUGUGGUUGAACUAUACUGCACACAUACGGCUGCCUGCAUCUUUUACUACCUGGCUACUACACUGCCUCCGUCGCAAGAAGGUUACACCUGGAUAGGAAGUUUAAGGUUAGGUGAUUAUAGUUAUGCGCACUUCAGAGAUAUCGACCUCUGGAAACGAUAUAUCACAUCAUUGUAUUUUGCUAUUGUUACCAUGGCCACUGUUGGAUAUGGAGAAAUUCAUGCCGUCAAUAUCCGGGAAAUGAUAUUUGUUAUGGCUUAUGUUUCCUUAGACAUGAUUCUUGGUGCUUAUCUACUGGGUAACAUGGCAGCACUAAUUGUUAGAGGAUCAAAAACUGAGAGGUUUAGGGAUAAAAUGGCGGAUCUUAUCAAGUACAUGAACAGAAACAAGCUAGGGAAGAACAUAAGCAAAGAGAUUAAAAACCACGUUAGGUUACAGUAUGAAAGCAGUUAUCCUGAAGCCGAGAUUCUUCAACAUAUUCCAGUUUCUAUUCGAGCAAAGAUUUCACGAAAAUUGUAUGAGCCUUACAUCAGGGAGGUCCCCCUUUUCAAAGAUUGCUCUUAUGGGUUCAUCAAACAGAUUGCAAUCAGAGUGCAUGAAGAAUUUUUCCUUCCAGGAGAAGUAAUAAUGGAGCAGGGAAACAUGGCCGAUCAACUCUACUUUGUUUGCCAUGGGAAACUGGGUGAAGUAAGAAACGCCGCAGAAGAAGAAGAAGAAGAAAAUGGAACAGAUGGAUCCUCCUCUCUUACCAGUCUUGACACCUACAGCACCAUUGGUGAAGUUUCUGUACUGUGUAAUAUCCCGGUUCCUUACACAAUUCAAGUUGGUGAACUAUCUAGACUACUGCGAAUUGAUAAGCAAACAUUUCUGGAGAUUGUCGGUAUGUACUUCUCUGAUGGGCGAAACAUCAUCAAUAAUCUCCUUGAGGGAAAAGAUCCAAACCUUGGGAAGAAGAUAUUGGAGUCAGACAUAACACUAAACAUCUCAAAACAUGAAUCUGAGUUGGCUAUGAGAUUAAAUUGUGCAGCUCAUGAGGGAGAUCUCUAUCGUCUGAGAUGUCUAAUCGGUGCUGGAGCUGACCCUGCUGGCGUAGAUUACAAUGGAAAAUCACCUUUGCAUCUUGCUGCAUCCAAAGGACACGAAGAUAUUGCUCAGUUUCUGGUUCAAAAAGGGGUGAACAUCAAUCUUAGAGAUAACUUUGGCAACAAUCCCUUGUUUGAAGCAAUAAAGGGGGGCCAUGAUCAUGUCACUUGUUUGCUUGUGAAAGCAGGAGCAUCAUUGGAUAUCGAAGACGCUGGAAGUUGUCUUUGCAAUGUUGUUGCAAAAAAGGAUAUACAGUUUUUGAGAAGGCUUUUGGAUAAUGGAGUAAAUCCUAAUUCCAAAAAUUAUGAUCUCCGAACACCGCUUCACCUGGCUGCCUCUGAAGGAUUUUAUCAAAUGUCGUCGUUACUUUUAGAAGCCGGGGCUACUGUCUUCGCAAUGGACAGAAGAGGAAUUACACCACUUGAUGAAGCUCGGGUUAAUGGAAACAAGAAGCUAAUAAAGUUACUUGAAGAUGUGAAGAAUACUCAAAUUUCAAUGCAUCAAUAUAAAUCGCCUAUCGAGAAAAUUCAUGAUGCAAUUAGUGACAAUUAUUAAUAAAAUUUCACAUGUAAUAUUAGGACUCUAUGUAUUUGAGUCAGAGUAUGACUACUUAUCUUAGUCUCCUUAUCCUAGUCUUCCUAUGAUUCUCCUUGUAUAUAUAUCUCGUGCCUGUAUUAUUGUGAUCAAGUUUUGUACGUUAAUACAAUUUAAAGUUCUCAUAUGGUAUCAG